AAUACCAAAUAUAUGAGAAGAUACAUUUAACAACAAACAGGGCCAGAAGGACUGGGCUCCUCCAUCAGAGCGGUUAAGUGUAGUUACUUUGAAAUGACCCCCCAGAACCACAGGAACUCCCUACAUGGAACCCCACGUGGUUCAUUGCUCCUGGUGAAUGCUCGUGUUAAAAGUGUUGGCUGAACCCAAAUAUCAAGAAAAUGUGCAUUGCAUUCUUUUUACUUGAUAAAACAUUCAGUAGUGAAGCGAAUGUAAAUGUAUGACGAUAUUUAAUAUUUCUUAUUGAUAUUAGCAUGAAUAUGAACUACGUCCACAGACAAUAUGAGUCUAAAUACAACGUCCCCAUUUGAUAUUUCAACAAAAAUAGUGGAGCAACACCAUGCCCGCUCUCUGGCCCCGCCCCCUUCAUGAGUCAAUAGAGGGCGUAUUUCAACGCAUUAUAAUGUGAUUGGCUGUAUGUUACCUCGUGACCACCAUGGACCAACUACAGAAUAAAGCUACGGCAAGAAAAAAACACUCCCUCUCGAAUGCCCUGAUAGCGCCGGUGACGUCACUGAAUGAACGCUGGCGUGUUGUCACUCGUGAAGACGCAGCUUGUAAGUGUCCGUGUGUGUCUGUCUGUCGGCGGCAGGACCGUUACAGUCUCCUCCGGGGAAGUGAGGCACAUAGCGGACGAGCGGUAGAUUCAGUGGAGCCGCGGUGCUCGUGUCAGUGUCACAGCUGAAGCCCAAAACUCAGAUAACGGACACCACAGGUUGGAGGAGUUGAAGCCAUUUUCCGUCAGUGAACCAGCCAAGAGGCACCGGCAGCAUGAAUGUGGGCACGGCUCACAGUGAGGUGAAUCCCAACACCCAAGUGAUGAACAGCAGAGGGAUGUGGCUCUCCUACAUACUGGGCAUUGGCCUGCUGCACAUCAUCCUGCUCAGCAUUCCCUUCGCCAGUGUGCCCGUGGUCUGGACUCUCACCAACCUCAUUCACAAUCUGUGCAUGUACCUGCUGCUUCACACGGUCAAAGGGACCCCAUUUGAGACCCCUGAUCAGGGAAAGGCACGUCUCCUCACACAUUGGGAGCAGAUGGAUUAUGGGGUUCAGUUUACGGCUUCUCGCAAGUUCCUCACCAUAACACCCAUUGUCCUAUACAUCCUCACCAGCUUUUACACCAAGUACGACCGGGUCCAUUUCAUGAUCAACACAGUCUCCCUGCUCACGGUGCUCAUUCCUAAGCUGCCUCAGCUGCACGGCGUCAGGAUCUUUGGGAUUAAUAAGUACUGACUGGAAGCAUGCGGACGCACAUUUGUCCCGGCAGAUGACUGAAAGCACAAAGAGUUGCGGCUUCUGCUCUGCUCUGCUCUGCUCUGCUCAGCCCGCAGGACUCUGCUGAGCUGAGCUGGAAAUGAAGUCCUCGGGGGGUUCUGUUGGGUACAGAACAAGAGGACACCGGAGGCUGUGCGAAGAAGACAGAAGCUGCAGUGAGUUCUUCAAUAAGAACAAAGGGGAAAUUUGUAUUACUUUUCAGUAUUUCAUUUUCAUUUUUCAGUGAGGGGUAUUGAGCAUAAAUAGUUAGCCGGCGUGGACCUCUGCGGAACCACACAGUCUUAUAUUUAGCUCUGCACGCUCCUGCCAGAGCCCAAACUACCAGGAACAUCAGCCACAUUCAAAUUUGAUCCAGCCACAAGCAUAUUUAGACGUUAGCCUCGUGUUCUGUCUGGACAGAAGCAGGAACCUUGAUAUUUGUAUGCUGAAAUUAUUUUAUAUUUCUAAAAAUAUUCAGCCUGAUUCUUCAUUGGUUCAGUCACUCACAGAACUAUUGUUGAAUAGCUCAACAACAUGUAUGGAUUCUACAGCAGCGUAUGCAGAACACUACAGUAUUAUCUACAUAUUUAUUGUUCAGUAAAUGUUUUCGUUACCAGCCAAAAAUAAGCAGAACUUCACCACACCUCAUGUGCAUGCUACAUUAAUAUGUAAUUGAGUUGCGACCGGAAAAUAAUUUUAGUGGAAAAUUGAAAUUGAAAAAAAUAUCAAUUUGUCGUUGAAUGGAUUAAAAGAGUCGUGAAAAUGCAUCAAUAGCAGUUCAACAUUUGGAGCCCAACUUCUAUCUUCAAUUCUUGAAAUUGAGCCUCAAGCUUCAUUGUAAAUAACCAGAACUGGGAGUGUCAUCAGUCACAAUAUUUGCAUUUGUUUUGAUAGUUUUUAUAAUCAGAUGAUGUCAGUGUGAAUGUAAACUACAACUAGUGUUUGGCCCUGGUUAUUGAGUGCCAAGAAGUUUUUCUUUAUAUCUGAAAGCAGUUCGUUCGUAGUAAUAAGUGUAGUUUAAUCUGCCAGUUCAGUGAAACUAAAGGAUGCAGGGUUGUUCCUGAGUCAGAGUGGGGAAGCAUUAUCUCUAAGGAUGCUGGAGAAAGUCUAAAACGUGUGGCAUGAUAUCACAUCAUCUCCUCACUUCUGAGGUCGACCAGAAGGAAAUGAAGCAUGUCCAUGGUGAUGGUUGCUGCUGAGAUUUACCGGUGCUCAUGACACUGGUGCGGAGCGAGACAGCGAGGGCGCCAUCCCUUAAAAGCAGUGGUCAUUUACAAAACCACGUCUUCACCUCAGAACCUCUAAUUCCUCUCCAUGAACUCCAGGAAUAGGAGCGCAUUUGAGGUCCAACGCUUUGUGACUCGCUACCAAGAGCACAAUGGGUCAGUCCCCUGAACUGUAGACUUAACGCUGGUUUUGUGAACAUGAAUGUUUUUACAGAGCUGCUUCUCUUGUCCCUGUAUUGUAUUUGAAACUUUGGUACGGUUUCAUAAGAGACUGCAUGGACGUGGUACUUGCUUAUUGAUAAAGAGACUUAUUUUAUACUCUGAAUAAGUGACAGCAGUGGUGUAAUAAACCAAAGUCCCAAUUCAUGUGUCGUGUGUGUAUUAUUUAAGUGGGUAAAUAGCAUUUUCUGUCGAUGACAGCAGUAUCUCAGAUGGAUCUGAAGACAUUAAAAGACACAAGCAGACUUACAUGAGAUGUUCAAUAAAAUCCCAGUGGCUCCCAUGACUUUGAUAUUUGUUGGAUUGGAUGGAGGCUGGUUUCUGUAACCCACCUAAUGUUUGUGUGUGGAGCAUGGUUGAUUCAGAAGUAACUUAAUGUAAUACUUUGAAGGUUAAAUCUAGUGUAUUAAAAAUAUUGACUAUAUAAAUGUAAUGCAUUUUUUAAGUGACCUGAAAUGUAUUCAUUAAA